AUGUCGAGGAAUUUCAAAGUAAAAGUACCAGCUACUUCCGCUAAUUUAGCCUGUGGUUUCGAUUGUUUGGGUGCAAGCUGGGAUGAUAUCAAUUUAGAGUUGACAGUAUCACACGUGCCAUAUCCAGCCAGAAAACACACAAGCCCGAUCAUAAGUUACACUGGUGAAGGCGCUGGUGAAGUGCCUCUAGAUCCAUACAAGAAUUUAACAACAAGGGUUUGUAUAUAUGUACUCAGAUGUCACGAUAUUUUAGAAUUUCCGGAUGACUUGAAUCUCAAAGUACAUAAUGAGAUCCCAUUCGGCAGAGGAUUAGGUAGUUCAGGUGCAGCCGUCGUAGCCGGUGUGUUAUUGGCUGACGCCUUGGCUGAUCUCAAACUCAGUCCUUCUAGACAGUUGGAUUUUGCACUCAUGGUUGAAAGACACCCGGAUAAUGUUGCAGCAGCACUCAUUGGUGGAUUCGUCGGUAGUUACCUUAAGACACUCCCAGAGGGUGUACUUGACCCAUCCUCCGUUCCUAUGUCUGAAGUUCUUCCGGAAUACCCACCGGACGCAAGCAAAGACUGGGGAAAAAAGCCACCAGUACCACCUAAAGACAUUGGACAUUGGUUGAGAUAUGGAUGGGCGUCUCAGAUAAAAGCUUUGGUUGUAAUUCCGCAGUUUGAAUUGUCAACUGCAAAAGCGAGAGGAUGUUUACCUGAGCAAUAUUCAAGACCAGAUGUCGUGUUUAAUUUACAGCGUUUAGCUGUCUUAACAACUGCACUCUCUAUUACACCACCAGAUCCAGACUUGAUAUGGGAAGCGAUGCAGGACAAACUCCACCAACCAUACCGUUCAGAGUUGAUUCCAGGAUUACCAGAAAUUACUAAGACAUUGACGCCAAAAUCACACCCAGGUUUACUCGGUAUUUGUCUCUCUGGUGCAGGUCCGACUAUUUUAGCAUUGCAUACACACAAUCAUGAGGCGAUAGCGGAUGGAAUAUUCAAAAUAUUCGCCAAGAAUAACGUUAAAUGUAGAAUGGAAGUCAAAUCUAUAUCAGAAUCAGGUUCAACUGUGUCUUUCGAAUAAAUAAUUCCUUUGUUAAUUACUAUCAUGAGUUUGAGUUAUGCAGAAUACCACGAUGAGAGGCAAUUGUCAGAUAUAAUGGAUUUGAUAGAUAGCGAAUUGAGUGAACCAUACAUAAAUAUGACUUAUAGAUACUUUCUACACACUUGGCCUCAGCUUACUUUUCUAGCGUAUGAUCAUACAAAAGCUGUUGGAGUUGUAGUAUGCAAGCAAGAACGACACAAAUCAGGUCUAAUGAGAGGAUAUAUAGCCAUGUUAAGCGUUAGAAGUGAAUAUAGAAAGAAAGGGAUAGCUACAAAGCUAGUCAGGAUGGCAAUAGAUGAAAUGAUAUCGACAGGUGCAGAAGAGGAUAAUACUAGAAACAGAGGUAGAUAAUAAUACAUCAAUAGCGUUUUACAAGAGAUUAGGGUUUAUGAGAGAGAAGCGUCUAUAUCGCUUCUACAUGAAUGGAAAGGAUGCUUAUAGGCUAUGUCUACCUGUAUCACCUAACGAAGAUGCUUACACAUGAUUAUUUUAGUCCAACAAAUCGAAUUCAACGUCGCCAUCGUUUAGACCAGCUUGCAUGUCUUCUUGUUGAUUACGCAAGGAAUUGUAAUGGUGCUCCUGAUCAAUCUCCGCGUCAAGUUGCUUAGAUUCACCCAUUUCUAACUUAAGAGUGUCAUCUUGACCCUCUUCGACACUCUGAGCGAAAAGAAUACCCCUCCGCAUGUUUGAUUCGGUAGGGAAAGGAACGUUAAAGACCUGCUG